CAGUCAGUCCCCCUCCACGCUGCUUGAAGGCGUGCCCCGUGCUCGCGCGCGCCUCAGCGCGGUUUUCGCGUUCAAUUUCGGCGACGCGAUUCUUAAAGUCACCACCAACCAACACCUCGACAAUGGCUGCUGCUGCUGUUCUGCCGCCGGUCAGGCCUCCUCCGCCGAUGGACGUUGACAUCGAAGAGGACGACGACCAAGAGCUAGACAAGGUUUUUGCGCAAGUCGACGAGAAGAGCUUGGACCAGAUCGACUCGGCGGAGCCGAUGGCAAUCCUGGCAUACUACCGCCAUCUCCUGCCGUGGAAGCACCUCUUUCUCUGGCUCAAUCGAUCGUCGAGCCCCACCGUCGCGACGCGCAACUUUACGCAUCGCGAAUUUGCAUUCACGCUCCAGAAUGAGGCUUACCUCAGGUACCAGUCCUUCUCGUCGGCAGAGGAGCUCAAGAGGGAGGUGUGCAGGCUCAACCCUGCUCGGUUCGAGAUUGGGCCAGUCUAUACUGCCAAGCCGAAAGAUCGCAAGACUGUGCAGAAGACCAUGUUCAAGCCCGUGUCCAGGGAGCUGGUAUUCGAUAUCGACAUGACCGACUACGAUGAGAUCCGAACGUGCUGCUCGGGAAAGGGCAUCUGCAAGCGCUGCUGGGCAUUUAUUGCCGUCGCAGUCGAGGUUCUCGAUGCGACACUCCGGCAGGACUUUGGUUUCAAGCACCUCCUUUGGGUGUAUUCCGGACGGAGAGGUAUCCACUGCUGGAUCAGCGACGAUGAGGCAUGCAGUCUGAGCGACGAGGCGAGAAAGUCGCUCACGGGCUGGCUCGACGUCGUCAAGGGCAGCGCAAAUCAGGUCAAAAAGGUCGACGCAGGCCCGAUCAAUGCGCACGGCCGCACGCUCCAUCCCAGCCUCCGACGCGCCAUUGGCGGCGAAGGUGAGGCUUCUGGGCCGCUGAAGCGGGCUUUCGUCUCAACAAUCCUCGAGGACCAAGACUGCUUCAAGCAAAAGUCGCAUUCGGACACACUCCUCGAACUGCUCCCGGCAAGCGAGGCAGAUGCCAUCGGCCGGCUACGAGCAAAGUGGGAGAAGGAGCCCUUUCGGUCGAGCACGAACAAGUGGACGGACAUUAUGGAGCAGGCCUCGCGGGCGGGCGACAAGAAGCGUAAUGCGAUCUGGAAGCCGUGCCUGGAGGAUGUGAUCCUGCAGUAUACCUAUCCUCGAAUCGACUUGGAGGUGUCGAAGCAUCUCAACCAUCUGCUCAAGUCGCCCUUUGUCAUUCAUCCGGGCACGGGCAGGGUAUGUGUACCGCUUGACCCGGCCAACAUCUGGGCUUUUGAUCCGACGGACGGGUGCCCGACGGUGGCUCGGCUGCUCAAGGAGCUUCAGACCGUCGACGCCGACGCUGGUGUGACGGGCAAGCGAGGCGACAAGGUCUUGACAAACGUAAAGGGCAACUGGGAAAGAACAAGCCUGAGACCCUUUGUUGAGAUCAUGGACCGGCACUGCCAGGCCAUCAUGAAGGAGCAGAAGUUCAUCAAGCAGGAGAUGGACUCCAAAUCCGUCGAUGCGUGGUAAUUUGUGAUCGUCUCACUGUCUCUCCUUACUCUGUAAAAGUACAUGCUUGCUUGUCAUUAUCAUACUACAAUACACUUGACAAGGCGCUGCAGCGACCGUCAGUCCUCCAAAUCGAAGCU